GAGGAAGAGGUGGUAUGCCGUUUGUCUCACCCAGCUCAUCCUCACACCAUGUCUCCCCGAUACGGUUAUCCGGAUUGUUUUAGAUGUAAGAAAGAUGCUUAUAAUCGUCAUUUCUAUUAUUGUACCACAUGUAAACUGGAGGUCCACAGUGAUUGUUAUCAGUUGCUAUGGAACAUGAGACACCCUUAUCACCCGCAACAUCCUCUCAUCCGGAGUCUAGAGCGUAGAACCAUAAUCACGUAUGACUCCACCUCUGAUUGUGAUGAAGAUAAUUCCUUCGCCAUACCACCCUGCACUUGGUGUGGAGAAGAAUUGUAUGCAAAAACUUCUUACCACGGAUCUGUUUUCUACCAAUGUUCUAUCUGUGACUUUGGUUUGUGUACUACUUGUGUUGCGAAUUUUCCACUUCCUACUAUCUCUAAUCCAAAAAGCCAUCACCACUCACUUGUUUUCCUUCCUCGACCACUUUUGCUUCCAUGUGAUGCUUGUGGGUUGGUAGAUAGAUCGGACCCAAGUUAUGUUUGUUUCCAAUGUAACUAUGUGGUCCAUAAGAGUUGUAUAGGCUUACCACGCGUCAUAAAACUCACCCGUCACCCUCAUCGUCUUUUUUACACUCCUUUUCUCCCACCCAAAAUUACAUAUUCGUGUCGUCUUUGCUACAAAACAAUCGACAACAAGUAUGGGCAAUAUUCUUGCAAUGAUGAUCGUUGCUCUUAUGUUGUACAUUCCAAAUGUGCAACGCAUGAGACAAUAUGGGAUCGGAGAGAGCUCGAAUGGGAGCCCGAAGAACUUGAUGAAACUGAAGAUGUGGCGUCAUUCAAGAAUGUUGGUGAUGAUUUGAUCAAGUAUUUUUGUCAUGAACAUAAUCUAAAGCUUGAGAAGUACAAUGGUGUUCGAGACAAGGACAAACAAUGUCAAGCGUGCACCCUUCAUAUCGACUCCCGCAACUUCUACAACUGCACGCAAUGCGAUUUUUUUCUACAUGAGGUAUGCGCAAAUCUUCCUCGAAAGUUGGAUCAUGCUUUGCAUCAUCACUCUCUUUUCCUUGACCCGAUUCCUCCAAAGAAGUCCAAUUUCUUGAAAUGUUUGGUUUGUUCUCGAGCGUUCGCUGGUUUCAGUUACAAGUGCACUUGUAAAGGUAGAUGCAGAAGGUUUCAGGUAGAUGUUAGAUGCAUCUUAGUUCCUGACUCUUUCACCCACAAAAGCCAUGAACAUCCCUUAUUUAUCCCCAUUUCUACUGCGGACAAAAUGGCUUUAUGUGGGGGUUGCAAGACCACAGGUGCAAAUUUCUAUCUACGGUGUACUCUAUGUGAUUUUUCUUUAUGUUAUAAGUGUGCGACCAUUCCAGAUAAGCUACACUACAAAUAUGAUGAACAUCCUCUCUCCCUUUGCUAUGGAGAAGAAGCCUCAAAUGAAACAUACUGGUGCGAAGUCUGUGAAGAGAAACUAGAUCCAAGCAUAUGGUUCUAUACAUGCAACAGAUCUAACAUCACUAUCCACCGUAGUUGUGUAUUUGGGUCCUCUGCUUAUAUGAAGUCAGGCUACACGUUUUAUCACUACUAUGUGACGGUGAAAGUUCUCAACAAUAACUGUAACACUCGACCGAUUUGCCGUCGAUGUGGCGGUCGUUGCUCGAGUUAUGUAUUCUUGAAGUUGUCUGAUGGGAAGACUUUUUGUUCUAAUGAUUGUUUAGGACUUUUUAUCCGGUAACCCUCAUUAAUUUCCUGUGAAACUUGUAUUCCCACUACCUUUUCAAGUUGACAAUUAUUGA